AUGCCGACAACAGCUGGGACUAUCUACGAUUCCCCGGAGAGUGGCUGGGUCACUGCCUGGACCUCGGCACUCUUGGUCGACCCCAUUUCUCGCGAAAUAAUCGCCUCUCGCCUGAACGAUCUUCUCUCUGGUAGAAUCGUCAACAGUGUCCAGGGCGUCCCACGAGGUCAAGACAAAGCAGUCAUGAUCGGCGAAUUCAUUCAGUGCAUGAGGUUUGACUCCAGGCCUGCUGCAUUCGAUGACCUGUGGCAUGCGUUGUUCGACGUCGCCAAGACACACGGGUGGACCAAAGUCGUUCGCAACGAUACCUACUACUGGACUGAGCAGUGGUUGUUGAACACAGCCUGGGAUGCCCCGGACUACGAGGGUGAGGAGAUGGAGGAAGGUUUGGGCUAUGACAACGCGUGGAUUAUGUGUGCAAUGGGUGACGCCCGCCUGUUCGCGCUCGGAUAUGGGUAUUCACCGUUUGCAUGGAACGCCCUAUUAGACGGACUCGGGUUAGGUGACGAGGCAGAAUCAGAUAGCAUGCGGAUCGGUGCGUGCGCUCAAUUGUUGGGGGCCGGGAAUCGUAUCAAGCUGUUUAGGAGUGGUGGCGGAAAUGAAAAACCUACACCUGGUUUUGCGGGACGUUAUUUAGACGCUCGACCGAAGAAGGAAAGGUCCGAGUGGGAGAAGGGGGGACAAAUCGAUUGGACCUCGUUUCUGAAGGCUCUUGUGGAUCAACAACAGAGGGCAGAUCCGAAGACUGCUGCUCUUUUGAAGCUGACGCACGACCACCUCAUCGCUGGAAAGCCGGACUUGACAAGUGCAGAGGUUGCAGAAAUCAUAUGGCCUACACCAAAAGAGGAGAAAUAG